AUGGCACAAACGAUUCAGCUCGCAUUAGGAGAUGGAUUUGGUAUUAUAGAAGUUAAUGGCUUGAUUAAUAAAGCAAAAGCAUUAAAUAGUUACGUAAAUGGUAAAAAUAAAUAUCAUGAGCAACUUUAUACAUUACAAGCGACACUAAAUCCACAACAUCUAAUUAGCCCUCUUUCAAGUGAUACUAAGACCUGCUGGAAUUCAACCUAUAAUCUUUUAAAAAACCUUCUUCUUCUUCGUAAUGCUAUUGAACGGCUGGCUAAUGAUUUAAAACAAAGCAUUAAUCAACAAGAAAGACAAGAUGGAGUAAAAGUUUUAGAGCUUCUUUUGUUAGUUGAAGAAUGGAAUUCAUUAGAUGAAUUAGCAAACCUUUUGCAUCCUUUUGCACAAACGACUGGAUAUAUUGAAAGAAAUCA